GAGGGCGGGCGCGGGCGGCAUGGGGACUGCAGCGGCGGCAGCGGCGGCGGCGGCCGGGGAGGGGGCGCGCAGCCCGAGCCCCGCCGCCGUGUCGCUCGGCCUGGGCGUGGCCGUGGUUUCGAGCCUGGUGAACGGGUCCACUUUCGUGCUGCAGAAGAAGGGCAUCGUGCGCGCCAAGCGGCGAGGUACCUCCUAUUUAACGGACAUCGUGUGGUGGGCAGGCACUAUUGCAAUGGCUGUUGGCCAGAUUGGAAACUUCCUGGCUUACACAGCGGUCCCCACGGUCCUGGUGACGCCCCUGGGUGCCCUGGGAGUGCCAUUUGGGUCCAUUUUAGCCUCUUACCUUCUGAAGGAGAAGCUCAACAUCCUGGGCAAGUUGGGGUGUCUGCUCAGCUGUGCAGGCUCCGUCGUGCUGAUCAUCCACUCCCCGAAAUCCGAGAGUGUGACCACGCAGGCCGAGCUGGAGGAGAAGCUGACCAAUCCAGUGUUCGUGGGCUACCUGUGCAUCGUGCUCCUCAUGCUGCUGCUGCUCAUCUUCUGGAUCGCGCCUGCGCACGGGCCCACCAACAUCAUGGUCUACAUCAGCAUCUGCUCCCUGCUGGGGAGCUUCACCGUGCCUUCUACCAAGGGCAUCGGGCUGGCGGCCCAAGACAUCUUCCAUAACAACCCGUCCAGCCAGCGGGCCCUCUGCCUGUGCCUGGUGCUCCUGGCUGUGCUCGGCUGCAGCAUCAUCGUCCAGUUCAGGUACAUCAACAAGGCGCUGGAGUGCUUCGACUCGUCCGUGUUCGGGGCCAUCUACUACGUGGUCUUCACCACGCUGGUCCUGCUGGCCUCUGCCAUCCUCUUCCGGGAGUGGAGCAACGUGGGCCUGGUGGACUUCCUGGGCAUGGCCUGCGGCUUCACCACCGUCUCCGUGGGCAUUGUCCUCAUCCAGGUGUUCAAGGAGUUCAACUUCAACCUGGGCGAGAUGAACAAGUCCAAUGUGAAAACAGACUAGUGGGCGGCAGGGGCUUGGCCGACGCGAGGAACAGGGAAGUGGACAUGGCUUCUGGUCCUAACUGGGCGGGAGGGACAUGAGACCCCAAAUCGCUGGGACUAGAGUUGCUCAUCUGCCUGGGUGGAGUCUGGGGGCCGGGGCGGGGGCCUGGCUCUCUGCGGGCCAGAAGUUGCUGCGUGGUCGUCUGGGUGUCAUCUCUCUAAGCGGAAAUCUCACGUGCGUCACCAUGAACCUGGAAGCUUUCCUGUCAAACGUUUUACCAUUCCUUAAGUAGAAAAGAGAGGCGGGCUCCGUGUGGUUAGUCCUGGCAGGCCAGAUGUCCCUCCUGGGACAAUGACGUUGGACGUGGGAGGGAGUGUGUGGAACCUGACUCUGUAAAUGCAUCUGUAGUUGUGUUAUUUUGCAUCAAGCCUACAUACCCUCGCCUGAUGAAGAGGCAUAUGCAUUUCAUUGUUUCCAAUCCCCCAAGGAGCUGACUCCCCCUCCCCCGCCCCUCACACGCUGACUGUGGAUGCAGAGAGGAGAGUGUCGCACCCCCUGCGCUCUUGGAGGACUCUCUGCAGCUUCGGUCGAUUUCAGUGCCUUUACUACUUGAACUGCUCACUUAAUUUGACUCCGACUGUGUGUACAUUCUCUUAGCUUAGAGUCACACCACCUCCUUGAGUAUUACUUUACUAUUUCACUAUUUAACACAUAAAAGUGUCAAGUGGUUAUAAGUGACAGGACAUUUGCUGGAAGGGAGUCAAGACCGAAGACACGUUAGAGAGAUUGACCCCAUGAGCAUGCAGUUCUUGUCCAACUAAAGACGGUUGACUUAGUAGCAUGAGGCAUUUUAUUUGCAUUCAGUCUGCGUAACUGGGAUCAAGUAUCAAGCAUACCCACAUUCUCUUUCAGCGACCACUGUGGCCACGCAGGAGAAAUGAAUUAUUUAACUUGAUCCCCAGGCUGUGAGAGCAGAGCGUGACUGCCCUGCUCAAGCUCUGCUCACAUCCCAAGCUCCCUGUGGAACAGGAACAAGCCAAGGGACGUGGGCAAGCUGAGGCCCGUCAGACGGGAGCACACAGAGGGAGAUGCAAAGGAAUCUCCUGCAGAAAUGAGAACCACGCCCUUAGCCGGAUCCCUGUUGUUUGAGAUGGCAGAAUCCCCUACAGCUACUUGCCCAACUCUUGUUAAACUUCUGAAAUGCUGAAGAGCCGUUAACGAUGCUGAUAUGUGGCUCAAAGAGACCGUUCGUCUGUUUGGAGUAACCUUCCCUGCACAGUGAAGGGAACAAAGUGCAGUGAAGCGCUAUUUCAUCCAGAUACCACGUGAUUCUCAUGCGGUGUUUUACCUGAAUAGUGAGCUGUGCCACCUUGAAAGGUGGGGUGGGGCGACAGAGAUUCACUGAAGCAGAACAUGGGAUCCAAUAACACCCAAUGAAAGGUAUUCACUGAAGAACAAGUAUGCUUUGCCAGCCGGAAAAAACAUUUUUAAAGACCCAAGGACUAGUUUCCUGAGGUGUUGACCAAAGAGACUAAGCAGAAUGGGAUGCUCUCACAGAGCGAAGAACACGUUUAUGAAUUAAAAGUCCGUGGGACAGUCGUGGGUUGUCAGUGAUUCGUGAACUAAGAGCAGCAACAAAAUUAUUUAAACAUUUAAAAUAUAUAUAUUUACUGAUAGUUAAUAAAUGCUCAAAAAGUUCCUCACUCUUUUGAUCAGCUAGCAGAAGUUUGUUUUUUAAUCUCAGUAUUUUAAGGAAUGCAGGCCUUAAUUUAUAGAACUGAACUUUCUGAAAAUAUAAUGUAGCCAUGUUAGUUUACCUUUAGGCAUCAAAAUAGUUCCCCAGGUAAGGGUUCCUCUUUGAGAAACUGAAAGAAUUCAUGUGGCAAUACGCUUACACUGAGAAAGGUACAAGUCAUACGGAAGGUACUGGUUUUGGUUUUGUGACACCUUACCUAGGCAGCUUCGCUGAAAUGCCCCAGUUGGUGUCCCUUAUCCUAUUUUCAUUUCAUUUACAAUUAUACCACAGAUACUCAGAGAAGACAUUUUCAGGAUCGUCCCCAUGAAUUUUCUAGAGUAAAACAAAAACCUUGAAGUAUUAAUAACCCACCUCCCUUUGAAGGCUGCUGAUCCCAGGCCAGGUGGGUCUCCCAAGUUCACGUCCAGUCGGCAUAUUAUCUUGGUCGGGGACACAGUUUUCCUUCCAGUAGGACCCAGGUCACGUGCCCAUGGUAUUUCACACAUGGCACUCCACCCUCAGAGCAGUGGACGUGACCAGAGCUCUGACAGCCUAAUUGUCAACCUUGACUUCCGACUUAACUGUAUUUCUCUUCCAAGUUCAUCUGUUCAUAAUUCAUUUGAAAUUGCAAAGAAAAAAAGUUUGGAAGUCAGAGUUUCAGCGAGGGCCCGGAGUGCUAACAGGUAUCUGCAGAAGUGAACACAACACAUUUUCAUCGUCAGCCUAUCCUUUGGGUUUUAUCUCUGAUAAAACUAAGAAAAAUACCUACUGUGUGCUUGUUUCAAGCUGCCUCGGAAAUAUUUGUGGUCACAAUGCGCAGACUUGCUACGGAUAGAUACUUAAACAGGCGUUUCUCUCCUCUGCUAACUUGGAUGACCCCUUAUUUUCUCAUCAGAAUCUGGGCAUUUAAAAAGGUUGCUCAUGGAUCAAGUUUAGACUGUGUUAAGGGUUUCCACCCAAACCCAGCCCCAAGACCCCCCCCCCGGGGGGUUGAGUUGUUCCUCUGGGUGGCUACACCUCUGCAGAGAAGGUUCUGGGGAUGGGCGGUCAGCUCCUGGCCACACGUGGGGCGAGAUCUGCCCACAGUGGGCACUUCGGGGAGGAUCAUCACCCACCUGGUCUUUUCACUGCUCCCGGUUCAGCAAUAAGAAAUACUCCAGUUCCCACCUUUCAAGCCAGUUUGUCAUACUCAGUUUUAUUUGCACAAGUCCAUUCCAGCAGUUAGCAGGUCGGUCUUCAUUCUUCCUCUGGGUUUCAUGUCUGCUAGAAGAGUGCUAUUGUAGGAUAUGGUCACCUCUCAUUGUUCUUAUCAACAGUUCAGCUCUUGGUAGCUACUGGGCUCACUUCCGGAGGACAGUUUCUAGACGUAUGAAGCGCUAGAGGGGCAUCGUCUCCCAGGUGUGGACCACCACUUCCGGCCCCGGGGCCUGAGGUGUUGAUGAGCACGGGCCCCUGAUGUUGGGAGAGAUCCCUCUUUUCCAAGCUGCUCGACUUAUCUCCAAGACCUGAGUCAUCGCUGCUCAGAUCAGCAGCUGAUCCACACCCACGGCUCUUUGCUGAUGCGACCUUGAUGUUGGCUUGGGUGGCCGCUGACUGAAUAGGCAACGGGAGCGUGCUUCUGUUUAGCGCUGUUCCUGACCGUCUUCCGGGCCCCAGUGGUCUGCAGGAUUUGUCCUCACUGUGCGGGACACAGGUCACUCGAGGAGCAGGAUUGGAUGGAGUCUCGGUGUUCGGCUUUCUCAGGGACCAAACAUGCAACAUUCACUCUUUAGCAUGGGCCUUGCUUCCAAGGAUGCGUCUGUGAGUUCUUCACGUGUGUUGCAUUCAUAGCUAGACGUCUGUGAACAUGAGUGCAAAGGGGAAAGGUCAUUUGCACACACCAGUCACCCAUAAAACAGUUUGUCAUAUCAAAUACCUCAAUUUUCUCACUUCCACCUCACAUUGGUACUGCUGAUAAACUUUAAUGGUCAACCCUUUAGCUUUCAGUGAUUUAAUUUUUUUUAAGAUUUUAUUUAUUUAUUUUCAGAGAGAGGAGGGAGGCAGAAAGAGAGGGAGAGAAACAUCAAUGUGUGGUUGCCUCUUGCACGCCCCCUGCUGGGGGCCUGGCCCGCAACCCAGGCAUGUGCCCUGACUGGGCAUCGAACCAGCAACCCUUUGGUUCACAGACCAGCCCUCAGUCCAGUGAGCCAUGCCAGCCAGAGGUUUUCGGUAAUUUUUUACAUCUGGCCAGAUUCUUACACUUCAUUGUAUACCUGAAAAGAUGAAGAAUAAUAGUGAUUGGAAGAAGGAUUUGGCCCAAUACCAUGACUCAUUUAUUUUCAUACAAGUUUCUCACAUGCCGAUAAAUGCAACAAAAGAAUUCUAUUUUAAGAAAAUGUAACCUUGAUACAUUAAGAAAAUAAUCAUCUAAGAAAAAGUUGAUACGCAGUAGAACAAGGAUUGUGUAAAUAACACCUAUUUCUAAUGUAGCCAGUGGGAUAAGAACAUAGGCCCAGAGCAUGACCAGGGAGAAGGAUUUACUUGUUCUUUAUUCUUGAGUUGUGCAACUCUAGGUGAGUCACUUUACCUUUCUGUGCCUCAGUUUCUCUACCUCUAAAGGGUUGGGUUGGUUCUCCAAAUUGACUGUCCGAGGGUGCUUGUACUUGAGCCGGUGCCAGCAGCCUCGGGUGACAGUGUCAUGUGUGGAAUGGCCUGGGAGUGACCAGGGGACACUUGCUCCUCUGGGCCUCCCAUCUGCUCAGGACGAGGCUGUGGACCCGCAGCUUCGAGCACUGAAUAGUAAGCAAGGGAAGCGCUGGCUGCGAAGUUUGCGUCAUUCCAUGAAGCUUUAGUUUUCUUCUUUGUUUAUUUUAAGAGGAAGGAUGUUAUGUGUUCUGCUGUUAAAUAGGGAGACUAAACAGGGACUUGGAAAGCAGCGCUGAAUGGUCACACUCUGACGGGGUGUUACGCUGCUUUGGCAUCCCAAGUAGGUUUAUGUUCUGCAGGAGCUUCAAUGGCUUGCAAACCAGAUUGACUCUGUUGUGUUCGAUGUGUCAUGAAUGAUGCUGAGCUUCCUGCUUUCCAGCCACUCCACCCCGACAGCAAACUACCUGACACCAGGUGAAGGUCCGGCACUCCUGGACCACUAGUGCCAAAGGCUCUCUUUGCAAAGUUUGGCAUUUCUUUUACUUAUCAGACUAGAAUAUUUUGCCCCCCACCUUCACGUUGGUGUUUUUGCGCUUUGGAAAAAUUUAAGGUUGCUGUUUUUAAGAACCAUUCCUGAGUUUUUUAAAUUAACUGUUACUUUCUUGUAAAAGGGAACAUAAUCAUGAAAGAGAGGAAGAAGAUGAGAUAAAAAAAAUGUAAAAUGUGGACGGGUUGCAUCAAAGGUUUUUCACGUAAAUGUAGAGGGAGCUUCCAAUUACCAUGCUCACACAUUUGUCAAUGGCUGACUUGCUUACAUCUUGCUGUAUAGAACUAGGCAUAGCAUGUAAUUGCCUUAUGUAAAUAAAAAGGCUAUUUGUUAAGUUUUCCAAUAUUUAUUAAUCUGGAUGUGUUUUAAAAUAAAAUAACAUUUCUAGCUGAA